AUGCAGAAGGCUUUUGUCGACAACGACUUCACAUAUCGUCCUAAUGAAAUUCCGGAAGACCGUGUGGCAACGGCGAAGGAAAUUGGGUACGACGGAAGCCAGCCUGGACUCUGGUGUUACAAAGGCGAGCUCGGUGCUGGAGCUUAUGGCACCGCCACUUUAUGGGUCCAGCUAGACGCCCAAGCCCGACAUAUCAACAGACAAGUCCUUAAAGACACGUACCUCAUCGACGGUCGUUGGAACCAUGCUGCCUACUGGGCAGGUAAUAUUGAUUCUCGAAAACCUGUGGAGUUUGAGAUCGUCACGCAGCUCAAAGCUCUACCCGGAUCUGAAAAUAUCGUAGAAUACUACGAAACAACGGUUUACGCUGAGAAAACCAUGUACAGAAUUUACAUGGAGUAUGCCGAACACGGAACCCUUCAAGAUCUCAUGGAGGCACAUCGAGAAGCACAGGAAUUGCAGACCGCCGAAGGAACUGCUGUAAAUUGGAGAAUCUCACCUCGCUUGCUCUGGUGCAUCUUCGAAGGAUUAGCUUCAGCUUUAUGCCUCGCUCACCAAGGACGUCUUCCUGAAAACACCCACCGACGGCCGAAAAUCGUUCCUGUGAUACAUCGAGACAUCAAGCCUGCAAAUAUACUGCUGGCGGCUCCACAUGCUGAUGUUUGGCCCGAGCUUCCGAUUGUAAAACUCGCUGACUGGGGCCUUGUGGUUCCAAAGAGCACCGGCGAUCACCUCACACGGCGGGGAGGCACAGCCGCGUGGAUGGCGCCAGAGGUUUUGCCAUAUGAAGGAUCAGAUCACUCGUUGUACGGGCAUCAUGAGCCCUCGGAAGCCUCCGACAUCUGGUCACUCGGUCGGGUAAUGCUUGCACUGGCCAAUCUUGACAAGGCCAACGUGAAACCUUUCCGGUUUGGUAUGGCGCCUCCCACGUACGGAUCUGGGGUGCAAGAAAGAUUGCCGCCUCGAAUGGUUGCGCUGAUUGAUCAAUGCCUAGAGACUGAGCCAAACGAUCGGAUCAAGUGUGGCGUCCUUUGGAAGAAUAUUCAAGCUCAGGUUGCGACUUUCAAAGGACCGUUCGGACAGCCUAUGAAGAUGAAGAAACGCGAAGAAGAUGAAGUCUUGCUGUACCAGCAUGACAAGUACCGAGCUUGGGGUCGCUGA